AUGAGAGUACUUCUGGAUGCACGCCAGAAGCUCGGAUAUGCUUGGAAAAAUCCUGAGAGGCAAAAAAAUGUUGAUGCUGUUAUGAGGUUUACAGCAUCAGAUAUGAUGCGAGGUAUUGAUCAGUCUACUUUUGCCGAAAUAGCUCCUCUAAUACGAGAUUUUUGGGAUGAUGUAUCAAUCAAGCAAACAUAUGAACAACGAAAUCUCUUCCAGAUUUCUGAUUCUUGUAUGUAUUUUUUCGACCAUAUCAAUCGAGUAGCAAUGCCAGAUUAUUCUCCAACAAAUCGGGAUAUAUUAUUCUGUCGGAAAGCUACACGAGGAAUAACUGAACAUGUUUUUGAAAUACAGCGAAUUUCAUUUAGAUUUAUUGAUGUUGGUGGACAGCGAUCACAGCGACAGAAAUGGUUCCAAUGUUUUGAAGGUAUUACAAGUAUACUAUUUAUGGUCGCUUCAUGUGAAUAUGAUCAAGUGAUUCUUGAAGAUCGAAGGACGAAUCGUGUUGUAGAAUCGCGAUCUGUUUUUGAAACAAUUGCUAAUAAUAAAUCAUUCGCUAACGUUUCCAUUAUAUUGUUUAUGAACAAAAGUGAUUUGCUUGAAGAGAAGGUUUCAAAAUCGGAUAUCCGACAGUACUUUGCUGAUUUCGCGGGCGAUCACAAUAGUUUGCAUGAUGUUCAAUUCUUUCUGGUGAAUAAAUUUGAGAAUUGUCGACGUGAUAGACGACGGCCAUUUUUUUAUCACUUUACGACAGCUGUAGAUACGGAAAAUAUCAGACGUGUAUUCAAAGAUUGUCGUGAAACUAUUCUGGAGCAAAAUUUAAAAGCAUUGAUGAUGCAAUGA